GCGAAACCUGCCGUAGUGAAGUGGCUGCGGUACGUUACUGGCUUAUCGAUGUAUAUAGUUGAUUCAUCAGAAGCUUGCCCCACCACCUGUUCACUUUUGUGUGCGAGGUAAAUGCAGAAGAGGCGAGUCCGUCGUGGUGAAUGGUGAAUUUUCAGUCUAUCUGUAGCAACAGUAAGAAUGGCGCCAGCAUUGAGCAAAUUCGCGAAUAAACGCACGUUGGCUAGUGCUUGUGCAUUGACCGCGUUAUUAUGGAUCCUAAAAAGAAGAGGCAAGAAACAGGUCGUGAAAUACAGAAAUGCCUGGCCUGCUAAUGACAUUCAGUAUGUUAUCAAGGAGGAAAAACCAAAAAGCCCAAAGGCUCAUGUGAAUGCAGCAUUUUUGAGACAACUAAGAAAAUUGCUCAAAAUUGGCAUACCAUCAGUGGUGUCCACUGAAUUUGGUUUUGUCCUUCUUAUUGCCACUUCUCUCAUAGCAAGAUCUUUGUGUGACCUUUGGAUGAUAAAUAUAGGAACUUUGAUUGAAUCAUCAAUUGUCAAUAUGGAUGCACAUCUGUUUAAAAAACGUUUGGUUAAGUUUAUGGCUGUAUUGCCAUUGAUAUCUGUUGUGAACAACGUACUGAAAUAUGGUAUAUAUGAAAUGAAGUUGAGGUUACGUACAAAUAUCACACAGGAUUUAUUGCAACAGUACCUAAAAGGUUUUACCUACUACAAGAUGAGUAAUUUAGAUAGCCGCAUAGCGAAUCCAGAUCAACUUUUAAGCACUGAUGUUGACAAAUUUUGUGAAAGUUGUACAGACCUCUACAGCAAUAUUGCAAAACCCUCGUUGGAUAUUGUCAUUUACGUUUAUAGGCUUACAACUAAUCUUGGUAGCAAAACGCCGCUAUUUAUGCUUUCUUAUCUCGUUUUCGCCGGUACGAUACUGACUCAUCUUCGUAAACCCAUUGGCCAAAUGACAGUGAAAGAACAACGUCUCGAAGGCGAAUAUCGUCACAUUAAUUCUAGAUUAAUUACUAAUUCCGAGGAAAUUGCAUUCUACCAAGGAAACAAUAGGGAAAAAUUAACUUUAUUAGCCAGUUUUCACAAACUAGUAACACAUUUGCGCAAGUGUCUGGAAUUUAGAACAUUCAUAGGAAUAAUAGAUAAUUUUGUUGGCAAAUACAUGGCAACGAUAGUGGGUUUUUACGCCGUGAGUUUACCAUUUCUCCAGAAGAACCAUCCUAUUCUCUCAGGGACUCCUGAUCACAGAUUCAAGAGUUAUUACACUUAUGGUCGCAUGCUGGUGAAGCUAGCUGAGGCUAUCGGCAGAUUAGUCCUGGCUGGAAGGGAAAUGACACGAUUGGCUGGAUUCACAGCAAGAGUGACAGAAAUAAAAGUUGUCCUCGACGACCUGAACGCAGGAAAGUACGAGAGAACGAUGGUUUCCGACUUCAAAGAUGAACCUAUUGGAAGCCCUGGCGAAGGAAAGAUAGUCACGAAAGAUAACGUUAUACAAUUCGAUCGUGUGCCUCUGAUAACUCCAAAUGGAGAUAUUCUUAUCAGAGAACUGUCGUUCGAAGUAAAAUCUGGAAUGAAUGUGUUGGUAUGUGGCCCGAACGGUUGUGGAAAGAGUUCUUUAUUCAGAAUUCUUGGAGAAUUAUGGCCAGUUUGGAGCGGUAUAAUCACCAAACCUCCACGUGGAAAAUUAUUUUACAUACCUCAGCGUCCUUACAUGACACUAGGCACACUGAGAGAUCAAAUAAUUUAUCCUCACACGAAGGCAGAGAUGAUGAGACGUGGACAGAUGACUGACGACGAUCUGAAAAAAUUGUUAAACCUAGUUCAAUUAAGUCAUUUGUUAGAAAGAGAGAAUCUUACAAACAGCGAGGGACAGGGCUGGGAUGUCGUGGCUGACUGGAUGGACGUUCUGUCUGGUGGUGAAAAACAGCGCAUAGCGAUGGCUCGACUUUUUUAUCACAAACCACAGUUUGCGAUUUUGGACGAGUGUACUAGCGCUGUUAGCGUUGAUGUCGAGGAUUCGAUGUACUCAUACUGUAGACAGGCAAAUAUCACUUUGUUUACAGUAUCACAUCGGCGAUCCCUUUGGAAGCACCACGAGUAUUAUCUACAUAUGGACGGAAGAGGAAACUACGAAUUCAAAGCCAUCGAGCCGGACACGGAAGAGUUCGGAUCGUGAAUCUUUGUGUCCCUUGCACCAGAUGAUACUUGCCAUAAUGCAAGGGACAGGCAUUUUAAGUUCAAUUAAUUCAAAUAAUGUAAUGUACAUCCGCAGUGUACAGCACCAUGUAUGUAUUUUAUGUAUCUCUGUAUUAGAAACGCACAGAUCCACGAGUAUUGUAUUAUUGUAUACUGUAUAUUUUUAUAUACUGUAUUUUUAUAUAAUGUAUAUUUUUAUAUCGAUGUCUUUUAUAAGGUAACAGAAAGAAGACAUUGGCGUACGCUGCAGUAUAUAUAUAUACAUGGUGCCCCACCUAAAGAUAGCCACCUAAAGGUAGCCACCUAAAUAUCUCCUUUAAUUGAGAUGAUUCAAAAAAUAUUUUGUAUGCAAUCUGAAUGGUAUCGAACGGCGAAUACUCUGUAAAGAAUAUUUUUGUGCCAAGGUUAUUUUUUUCGUUG